AUGACGCUCAAGCUAUUGGCCGAAGUGAGCCCACAGGAGUUGCUCGUAUGUCUGGCGGAGCUCCAUAACCACUUUCUCGGCUACGUCAAGUCCAUGUCGCUCAAGUGCGCCGUGGAUUUGGGCAUCCCCGAAGCCAUCCACCGCCGCGGCGGCACCGCCACCCUCGCCGACAUCGCCACCGACACUAAGGUACAUCCGGCCAAAGUCGCCGACCUCCAGCGCGUGAUGGAACUGCUCACCGCUUCCGGCAUCUUCAGCACCAGCACCGACGGGGAAGACGACGUCCUGUACGGGCUGACCACCACGUGCCGUUUCCUCGUCGGCUGGCACAACCUGUCCCCUAUGGUGCCCUUCCUUCUGAACCCUCUCGUCGUCACGUCCUUCUUCAGCAUGCCCGACUGGUUCAGGAGUGAGCCGGCGCCGGCGGGCGCCGGGUCCCUCUUCGAACUGGCACACGGCUGCUCCCAGUGGGAGAGGGCGAGCAAGGACGCUGAAUUCAGCGGCGUCCUGAACGGCUCCAUGGCUGCCGAUAGCCAGGUCUUCCUCGAGGUCAUUAUUAUGGACAAGGGCCGCAUCUUCCGCGGCCUGAGCUCGCUCGUCGACGUCGGCGGCGGCAAGGGCGCCGGCACCAAGGCCAUCGCAAGUGCCUUCCCGCGCAUAAAGUGCACCGUCAUGGAUCUUCCUCACGUUAUCGCCGACGGCGCCGGCGCCGGCCAUGAAAACCUGCAGUUCGUAGCCGGUGACAUGUUCCAAUCCAUUCCAUCGGCGGAUGCCGUCGUACUCAAGAACAUUUUACAUGAUUGGGGCCAUGACGACUGUGUCAAGAUACUUCAACGUUGCAAGGAAGCCAUCCCUGCUAGAAAUGCUGGAGGAAAGGUGAUAAUCAUAGAUAUGGUAAGAGGACUAGCACAUGACGAGAAAAACAUAACGGAGAUGGAAGCCAUACAAAACCUAUUCAUGAUGUACAUCAACGGGGUGGAGCGAAACGAAAGCGAGUGGAAGGCUAUCUUUUCCGAUGCCGGGUUCAGCGGUGACUACAAAAUCAUGCCGGUGCUGGGUCCCUACUCAGUAAUCGAGAUCUACCCAUGAUACACCAACGAACUACCGCAUUAUAUAAUGGACAAAAUAACUUGCUCAUACCUGG